AUGGGUUCAGAGCUUGAUAAAGUGGUCAUCGAAAAUAACAAAAAGUUCGCCGGCACUUUCAAUAGCGAUGGCUUGGAUAUACAUCCUGCCCGCAAAGUCGUCAUCAUCACAUGCAUGGAUUGUCGUCUCGAUCCCAUCGCCUUUUGUGGCUUCAAAGUCGGCGAGGCUACCGUAAUCCGCAAUGCAGGCGCAUACGCUGAAGAUGCUGCCCGCUCCGUGUUACUGACGACACACGUCCUGGGUGCAGAGGAUAUUUACAUCAUCAAGCACACCGAUUGUGGUUUGAUUGGAGUCUCUACUGAGGCCGGCCAUAGCAUUAUCAAGAAGAAUUUGGGCUUAACAGAGUCUGAAGACGUGGACAAGUUUCCUAUUCUUGGCAUUGAUAAUUUGGAAAAGUCUCUUGAGCAGGCGGUUGAGUACAUGCGGAAACAUCCUCUGUUGAUGAAACGUAUUCGUAUUACUGGGUGGAUUUAUGAUACUGAUUCCGGGAUUUUGAGCAAGGUUAUUAACGCAUGA